CACCAGGGCAAUUGAGCUGCUGGAAAAAUUACAGGAGUCAGGUGACGUCCCAGGUCACAAGCUGCAGUCCCUGAAGAAGGUUCUACAGAGCGAGUUCUGCACGGCCAUUAGAGAGGUCUAUCAGUAUAUGCAUGAAACGAUAACAGUGAAUGGAUGUCCGGAGUAUCAAGCACGUGCCACAGCUAAGGCAACUGUGGCGGCAUUUGCUGCCAGUGAGGGUCAUUCCCACCCGAGGGUGGUGGAGCUGCCCAAGACGGAUGAGGGGCUUGGCUUCAAUGUGAUGGGUGGAAAAGAGCAGAACUCACCGAUCUACAUCUCACGCAUUAUCCCUGGGGGCGUGGCUGAGCGGCAUGGUGGUCUUAAGAGAGGAGACCAACUCUUGUCCGUCAAUGGAGUGAGCGUCGAGGGUGAACACCACGAGAAGGCUGUGGAGUUACUGAAAGCAGCCAAAGACAGUGUCAAACUGGUGGUGCGUUACACCCCUAAAGUCCUGGAGGAGAUGGAGGCGAGGUUCGAGAAGCUCCGUACCGCCCGUAGACGCCAGCAGCAGCAGCUGCUCAUGCAGCAACAGCAGCAGCAAAACCUGGCCGCCCAGCAGAACCACAUGUCGUAGGCUGUUCCAAAAGAAGAAAAAGUAGAGGACACUGGGUGAGACUUAAUCUCACUGACGUGAUGUAAGGAGGUCCGAGAGAUCUCGGAAGAGGAACCUUACUGUUCUCCAGUGAAGACUAUCCUCUUUCAGUCAACUACCUACAACUCAAAAAGGUUGAAAACUCCAUGAUCUGUGUUCCAAAUCGGUGCUUGGAAAAAUGUGGCAUGAUGUCAUAGAGAAAGACUAGCACUGAGUACAUUGUUUUACUCUUACUUGUUCAUAUUUCAGUUGUCUGGAACCAAUCGCAAGUUGUGACCCUCUUAAAAAAGUCCCUAUUGUAGUUUAGUGACAAUGUGAUAAAGCGUUCAUCAAUUUUAUUUAUUUUUUUCAUUAUGUUUUUGUUGCCACAGCGUUGUACAGUAACGAAGGGUGCUGGUGUCUCUGUGAAAAGAAAGCAGUUUUUAUGUCAGUAGUCCAUAAUUGGAUAACACUGAGGUAUUUUAUACCAUAUUGUAGCAAGGAAUAUUUUGUAAAGAAAGUAGAUUUAGCAUAGCAAUAACACUUGUUUUGUCGUAUUCUACUGUCAAAGUAUGGGUAAAAAGUGAACUUUAAGCGUAGAAGAUUCGUCUUACAAGGGUAAAGUUACUAUAAAACUGUAUCUUAUGCACCAUGUGACAUAAGUCAGACUAAACCAUAAAAACCAUUUGCACAGAAUUUUCGUAUGAUAUCACUGUAUCACAGUGCCAUUGACAGAGAUUAUUACAGAAAUUUGGCAUAUUGUAUGGUGGGCAUAUUUAAAGGAAAAGUCUGUAAUUUUUGCAAAACAAUCUCUGAUCCUAUGUUAAUAUACAAAUUUAACCAUAAGUAAAAAUAUAAACACUGCAUUGGUAUAUUAGAAGACUGCAUACACUAUUUGUUUGCGCAUCCAACCAAUAGUGUGGUUUUAGGUCUGGACUUCAUGUUUGGAAACCAAUGGCAUAAAGGGAGUGUUUUGGAAACCUGUUUGAAAGUAGUCCUUAUUUUCGCAAUUUUGUUUUGUGGAAAAGUUGUGCGAAAAUUACACACUUGACCUUUAACAGGUCCUGCAUGAUAACAGCUGUACAGUUUUGAUGCGGUUUUAUGGUUGUGAUGUCACUAGUCCUGAAAUUAAAAUCAAAUUCAGAAAAUUCUAUUUAAGUUCAGACAUAGUUCAUAAUAUAUAUGAAAAUAUUUACUUUGAAGACAAACAGAAUGUCAAACACAGAUACAUGAUAUCUACAAAGGUAAAUUUUAACAGUAUUUUGUUAUGUUAAAGUUCUAUUUUCAAGUUUAUUAUCUUAGAUAAAGAUUGUUUUAAAAGAUUUGAAAGAUUUUUUUGUGGUGUUCACAUAAACGACCACCUCAUUCACUAGAAACAUUUUAACAUUGACAAUCAAUUUAAAAAGCAAGAGUUAAUCUACUACAUUUUGUUUUAUUUUCUAAAAAAUGUUAUUGCAUUUUUAUUUCACGACUUCUUUCCCUUAACUCAAGCCGUCAAAAGAUGGCAAAAUGUCUAUCCAUUGCAGCGCUGUAGUUGUACUGUUAGUUGAAGUCAUAUAGAAGCAAAACUGUAAAUCAGCAAGUAGUUGAUAACCACCACCAGUAAUCAAAGGUAAAAUUGUAUCUGUGUUAUUGUAAUUUGGUUUGAUGGUUUUCCUGACGUAAGACUUUGGUAGAUACUUAAAUUAGUUCCUUUGUUGGUUGGUUUUUGAGUAAUCUCAGACUGUGGGUAACAUGUAAACGUGUCAUCCUAAUAGACAAAAUCAAGCCAAGUUGAUUUGUUCCUUGAUUGUCAAUCAAUUCAUUUUAAUGUAUUCUCUUCCCUUUUAUAUGUUUACUUACAGACUUUCCUAUUAAUGACUUGCAUUUUUGAGGCUAGACAAGCUGAUCUUAUUAUACAUUGAAAAAAAUACCGAGUGAUAUGCAAUUGUUAUACAUAUUAUAUUUGUAUAAAUAAAUAAAUAUAUGUGCGUGUGUU